CGCGAACCCCAAUCAAGCAAGCGCGUUCCUUCUGCACUCAUCUCUCUCUCAAUCAACGACUUCAUAUCCAGUUCCUGCUUCGUUUUCAAAUCAUUAUUUCCCUUUUUCACUUUCAGUUGUUCUAUCCGUUGGAGGAAUUUAAAGGAACGUACAUUGCCACCGCCCGAUUCUCUACUCAAUCACCACAAAUGGAAGUUGCUUGGAAGCGGAGCAUAGAUGAAGAGCCUCAUGCUGAGAAACAAGUAGAAAGAGUUGUUAAGAAGCAAAAGGUAGAGACCAUAGAGGGAAAACCUCAUGUGACAACCUACCCGAUUCUUGCUGAGAAGCAAGAAGUAGAAAAUGCUAAGAAGCCCCAUUCAAAAAACAAAAACGAAGAAGUUGUUAAGCCAGAAGUAGAAGUUGCUAAGGUAGAGAGCUCAGAGGGCUCAAAUGAGUCUUUUGAUCUUGAUAAGGUAGAGAGCUCAGAGUGCUCAGAUGAGGAUUUUGAUCUCGAUUGUGCUACUUACGGGCAAUGGGUGGAAUGGUCUCCUUGCAAUGAUUUUGAUGAGGAUGAAUAUUAUGCAAGAUGGGCACAGAUGAAGACUACGAUUAGUGCUGAUAGCAACAUUGACGAUGAUAUGAGUUCGGAAGAUGAAUGAUUACAGAAGUGGGAAGAAGAAUGAGGACCGAGAAAGAAAAGCAAUUUUUAAUGCAGUAGUUUUUAAAGUACUUUUGGUUAUUAGUAUCUUAUGUUGUUGGCCAGAGAAUUGUAUUAUCUCUAUUUAGGAUAGUUGUCGAUAUCGUGUUGUGUUUAGAGAAGACUGUUGUGAAAUUAGUUAUGAUUAAUUAUUAGUAGCUUGGCAGUACUGUUGUGAUUUUUUUAGUAUCUUGUGUUGGCCUGAGAAUUGUAUUAUCUCUAUUUGUAGGAUACUUUUCAAAUGUUGUGUUUAGAGAAGACUAAAUUUUUACUAGUAGCUUACUGUUGAUUAGUCGAUGUCUUUAAA